CGUGAUUCGGGCGGCCCGGAACGAUCCGAGGAGGCGCUGCGCGGUCGCCAUUUUCCUGCGGCGCCCAGUGUGCGUGUGUCCCCCGACCCCGGCCGAGCGGAAGGAGCGAAGGGCGGGGGCGGGGGGUAGGAGGAGGGGGCGCUGCCCGGGUGACAGGGCCGUCCCUGGGGGCGGAGCCCAGCGCAGCUGCCCGCGGCGGGGCAGAGCGACGUCUCCGAGCGGGUCCAUCCCGCUUUCCCGUCCUAGCCCGGCGCCGCGCGGCUCCGCAGCACCAUGUCCGGCCAGAGCCUCACUGACCGCAUCACGGCGGCGCAGCACAGCGUGACUGGCUCGGCCGUCUCCAAGACCGUCUGCAAAGCCACGACCCACGAGGUCAUGGGCCCCAAAAAGAAGCACCUGGACUACUUAAUCCAGUGCACAACUGAGAUGAAUGUGAACAUCCCCCAGUUGGCGGACAGCUUGUUUGAAAGAACUACCAACAGUAGCUGGGUGGUGGUCUUUAAGUCUCUCAUAACAACUCACCAUCUAAUGGUGUAUGGAAAUGAGCUUUAUUCCAGUAUCUAGCUUCCCAGAAACACGACUGUUU